AUUCGUUCGUCUGUUGUCGUUGACAUUAUCAAAUCUGAGUUUUUGAUUCGAUUCGAUCGAUGUGAUUCGGACCAAACAAUAGAUUUGAUUUUAAUUUUUACUGAUUUUAAUUGAAUAAUCAUGGAAUCGUCUUACCAUGUUUGUCGAAAACUUCGAUUCUAUGAAACUCCUGAAUAUUUUUAUCUAAUACCAGUUGAUCGUUCCAGUGGAUCGGAUGUCCAAGCGUUGAGCAUCAAUCGAUUGACAAAUGAAAUCAACGUUUUCUAUGAUACGGAAGCAAUUGAACGAUCAAUUUUUGCCGAUAUUUGUUAUGGAAUUUUCGGAAUUAUACGAUUGAUUUCGGGUAACCAUCUUAUACUGAUAACCGAAGCUAGUCGUGUUGGUGAAAUUUAUUCAUCCGGCGGUGAUUCUAUUGUUUAUCGAAUGAAAAAUGUUCGCAUCAUUCCCUACAGUAACAAUCAUGAAGCUAGUUUAUCAACAAAAACAACGUCGAUGGUGUUGAAUGAUCAACAGAAAGCAUACAACGAUCGCUACUUGAUAAUGCUGCAAUCAAUAUUACGAAUGCCUGGAUAUUACUUUUCCUAUUCGUAUGAUCUUUCAUCAACGUUACAGCGAACCAGUCGACAAUCGGCGCCGAAAAACCAACGGCCGUUACCGCUUAUUGAAUCAGCCAAUAUGGAAUUUGUAUGGAAUCGUGCAUUACUCAGCCAAUUAACGAGUGAAACAAAAUUUCAUUAUUUUUGUUUGCCAAUCAUAUGUGGAUUUGUUGCCAUCCAUCCACAGCUUUUGAUCAAACAACGUUCAUUUCGAUGGGUUUUGAUUAGUCGUCGAAGUACAAAUCGAUGUGGUACACGAUGGUUUGCACGUGGAAUCAAUCCGGAUGGUUAUGUUGCCAAUUUUAUUGAGACUGAACAACUUCUCCUCACUGAUCGCAAUGAUCGUUUUGCAUUCGUACAGAUUCGUGGAUCGAUUCCAUUGUUUUGGUCACAAUUACCGAAUCUUCGUUAUAAACCAACGUUUGUCGUACCAAAAGCACCCCACAUAGAAAGCUAUGGUCACCAUGUUCGUCGUCUGGCACGCGAACAUGGUCGUCUUUGUUUUGUCAAUCUGAUCGGCAACAAAGGAUCGGAAGGUCGCCUAGGUAAAGCAUUCACCGAUGUUGUGAACGAUGGUAAUUUCAAUCGUGGUAAUGAUAUUCCCUUUGUCAAUUUUGAAUGGUUCGAUUUUCAUGGCGAAUGUCGCCGGAAUGGAUGGCAGGCAUUGAACAAAUUGAUGGAUCAAAUUCGUUCGUUCAUCGAUGAAUAUGGUUAUUAUUGGUGGUGCAGUUCGAACAACAGCAUUCAAAAAAUACAACAAGGCGUCAUUCGAACCAAUUGUAUUGAUUCAUUGGAUCGAACUAAUGUUGUGCAAAGUUUGAUUGGCAAGUAUGUUCUUCGAAAACAAAUGAUCCAAGCGGGUAUCCUUUCCGAAUUCGAAAUGAUUGAAAGCUAUCCCGAUCUGAAUUCGCUUUUUUCCAAUAUGUGGGCUGAUCACGCUGAUGUUUGUUCUAUCCAAUAUGCGGGAACUGGUGCAUUAAAAUCAGAUUUUACUCGAACAGGAAAGCGUCGUCUAACCGGUGUGAUAGCCGAUGGUAUAAAUUCCUUAAUACGUUAUUAUAAAAAUAAUUUCGAAGAUGGUUUUCGUCAAGAUUCUAUCGAUUUGAUUUUGGGCGCUUAUCAAGUCGAUGAACGUGAAGGUAAACAAGUGAAGUGUCCACUACAGGAACGAAAUUUGGUCAAAAUAUUUUUCCUACCCAUUUUCUUUCUUCUAUCGCUGGGAAUGUUUGCGUGGAUUAUAAUACUUUAUGGUAAUGGUUUAAACAUUGAACAGGCAUUGUAUUCGCUAUUUUGGUUGGCAAUGUCGGCCAUUUGUUUGAUAAUAAUGUACUAUUUUGGUAAUGAAUUUGCCGAUUAUCCAACAUUGGUUAAAAGGCGACGAUGAUGAUCAACAUGCAAUCAUUGAACACAAAUCAGUCUGUCAAUCAUUGAAUUACUCUGUGUUUAUUUAUAUAAAAAUUG